UUAAAAGCCAAAAAGAUCGUCCACAAUUUAUUUUGCUCAAAGAAGAAAAACCACAAGGGCCGUCUGCCAUCCAUGGAGAGACCCUGCAAAAGUUUCUUCAGGGUAAUCCUCCCUGACAGCCUUAAGAAGCUUGAGCUGCCAUUGAAGUUUGCAAGAAUGCACGGCGAAGAACUUAGAAAAAAUUGCCGGAUUUACUUGCCAAACGGAACCUUUUUGAAGGUUGGAGUGACCAAAGGGCAACAAACUGGAGAGAUUUGUCUGGAUAAGGGGUGGCCAAACUUCGUGGAGGAAAACUCUGUUUCAAUCGGCUGUUUUCUGGUGUUUGAUUACCUGGGAUCAUCCAAGUUCCAAGUUGAGAUACUCAAAAUCCCUGCUGCUUGUGAAAUCGUCGACCCAUCUCAGUUCAACGUUAAAGAUGAAUCCUUGGAUCACGAUAAAGAUUCCGUCCAGAUUCUUGGAUCUUCUCUUCCAACUCCAACGAAGAAAAGAGGAAGUGGGCUUCCAGCUAAAAGGAAACAUGCCGACCAAAUUGUUGAUGAAGAUGGAAACAGGGCAAUGUUGAACGACCUGAAAGCAAAACAAAUCUUCGUCAGCAGACUCUUCAUCUGCACAAUUCGCACAAUGUCCGGCGAAAGCAAGAAGGCCUUGGAAGAAGCAGUGGCCGCCGCUGAGCAGCCCAGACUCGUGCCUUGUUUCAUAGUGGUGAUGCAGCGUCACAACAUUGGGCGAGGGGCUCAGCUGAAUGUGCCUGCUCAGUUUGUUAAGGAGCAUAUGGAUAGCGGAGAUUGCAAGAAGAAUAUAGCACUUCGCUGUAAAGAGGAGAACUGGAAUGCUGAAACUGUUUCCAGAGGUGGUUCGGGGCUAUGGAUUAACGAGGGGUGGCGCGAGCUGAUGGAAUCCGAGAAGUUAGAAGAAGGGGAUGUAUGCUUGUUCGAGAAACUGACGACCCGGGAUGGGAUUGCGCUGAAAGUUUCAGUCUUUCGGGGAAGCCAACUCUCUAGUGGGAAGUAGUGGAACUUAGUGAGUUCUAGUACUGUAAGGAAGCUUGAUAAUGUUUUGGUUUCCAAUUAUUCCUGUUGUCUGUGUGUUUUCUGUUCGAUCCUUUGUCAUGGUCUGUGGGUUCGUAGUUAAUUAGGUUUUGGAUGGGAUGGAAUUGAUUAGAAAGAUGUGUUGAUGAAGGUUGCAAGAGGUUUUAGGAUGAACCAGGAAAAUGGUUCAUGUUUUUGUCUGAUUCUCUUGUGUUGUUGUAACCUCUGCUGAAAAUGCAUGGCUUCAAUGGUAAUUUAUUUCCAAACUUUUACAAUAAUG